UGGUGUGUUCUCUAACUUUAAACCAGAGCCUUUUCAGCUUGUUCAAGACAUUUAAGUGUGAGCCGUUACAAAGUACAUGGAGAGACGAUGGGGCUGUGGCUGCUGCUGCUUCUUCUGCAUUUUCAACUUGUCUUGUGUGUUCUCCUUCCUGCACCUCUCGACGUUUCCAUCUCAUCUUUCAACUUGGAGCACACUCUCAGCUUCCUGCCAGGUCCCCACACACCUUCAGAUGCCAACUUCACUGUUCAAGUCCUGCACUCCAGGAAGAACUCGUGGAGGCCAGUGGCUGCUUGUUUGGAGCUGAAGGCAGGACAAAUAUGUAACCUAACCAAAACAUUCAAGGACCUGUUCGAUCACUACCGAGCCCGUGUCCAGGCUGUUACACCCAACAAGACAUCCAACUGGACUAUGUCACGAUGGUUUCAGCCUGUGUCAGACACUGUAUUGGGACCUCCUGAUUUGUCUGUCUCUGGCUGUGGGAACUGUUUGAUCCUCCAGCUCAGACUUCCUGCAUCUACAGUGCUCAGACAGAACCUGCAGCUGAAGGACCUCUACAGAGAAUUGGUCUUCCAUGUGCAAAGAACCAGGGAUGGAACACAGUUCAGACUGAAUCUACCUUAUGAAGAGGAGACUGUGAUUACGUACCUGCAGCCAGGUGUGGAGUACUGUGUGACUGUCUCUGUCACAUCGCUCUUUAACUCCAAUACUGUCCCCAGUAAGCCUCAGUGUGCUUUCACCAGCCCUCCUUCAUCCAGAAGCUCAUUGCCUACGGUCUUCAGCCUGAUGGGUGUGUUCUCUGUGCUGGCGUUCCUCUUCCUGGGGCUGGUUGUCUAUGGCAGUCAGCUGAGCUUCAAAUUACUAAGACGGCGCAUACCCAGAACUCUGGUAACACACCCGACGGUGUCUGCUGGGACUUGUAAAAUCAAAUGUUCAUUAUCACAUCAAAAUUUACUCUAAAAAUACUUUAGUAUGCACAGAGUACAUUUGCGUCAACAUAUCUGACCCACUUAUGUGAGUAGUUGAAUGAGCUUGAACUAGCUUAAGGAAUUAUUUUUUAAAAAAAAGCAUGUUUAGCCAUAUAAACCUUUAAGUACUGAUUAAGAGAUCACCCAGUUAAUAAUUCAGCUGAAUAUAUUUGGAAAAUGUUAAUCAGUUUAAGCUAACGAUCAUGUGUCAAGGCAUCCAAGUGUUAAAACAGCUUUUGUUUCAAAAUAAUUUGCAUCCACAUUAAACUUAUGAGAUUAUCUUUUAGAGACUCCAGCCUCCUGAAAAUAUAAAA